AUGGAGGAUCCAGUGGUCAAGAAUGGAGGAAGGCCAGAAGUCAUUAGGACGUGGUACUGUCUGCAAGAUCCAAAGACUGGGUCGCUGAUCGAAGAGAUGACAGCCUGUUCAUUCUGCGUGGCGCACAUAAACGUCCUCUUUCCCUGCCUGAAGCGCAUAUUUGCACCGAUUGCAAACGGGCAAAGGCUUCUCGCUACCUGCGAUCUAAUGACGCAGGGAAAUGGCCAACAGCGGUGUAUUGAGAUUGUUGAUCAGAUGGCCGCCGUUGCGCAAAGUACUCUUGAAACGAAGACACGAGACAUCACACCACUGAUCGAUUUCGUCAAGAAAUGGGGUCCAAUUCCUGCCUGUCAACAAGGGACAUUGGUCUCAGGCCAAAAGCAGUACAGUUUCCCUUCUACGGUUCCGGAGUUCACCGCCUGCGAAGAGUGCUACCUCAGACAUAUCGAACCUCUCUACUCUCAGUCACCCCAACCAGCAAUCCUUGCGCAGCUUGAGGAGCAGGAGGCAAAAUCCGGAGGCUUCCUGUGCGAUCUAUUUUCACCACGUCUCCAGUCCUACUUCACAGACGCAAGUCGUACAAACGACAUCUCCACCUUCCGCCAAAAGCUCAUGGCACGAAACAACAAGAUGCAGGAAAUUGAGAUUCAGCUUCGGCGUAUGAAGCAGGAAAUUCAGCAGUUGAAAGCGCAGGAGAGAAUGCACAGGAAUCAGACGAUUGUUGCGCAGUCGCAGGCCAGAAUCAGAAGUACACAAUGGGCUGUCAGUGGCUGGAGUGCACCGCCGAUUGAUUGGGGCAUAACAAACGUGGAGAUGGCGAAAGCAAAUGAAAAGGCGAUGCAAGCGGCCAUCCUCAAGGACAGCAUGACGGACUUGGAAAACGAAUGGAUUAGAUAUUGGAAGUGA